AUGCGUACGCUGCUGUACAUCGUCGCCAUAUUGUUUUCCUGGGCUCAUGCUCGACCUGCUGCUCAAUUGGACGACGCGGAGAAGCUGCCCAAAAGCCUAGAUUUUAUGAAGAUCAACGUGAAGGAGAUGAUUCCGGAGGAUAUUUUUUCCGAAUUCUCCACCGACCUCCAGGAAUUCCUUGAAAACCUACAGCUGCCCGAUUUGAUGAGCAUUGGCGCGCUCGUGCAUAAGGUUGAACAUUUCGAUGACGCCAAUGAUAUGCUCGAGGCAUUGAAGGAAAGCAGCCCGUCAACCUACAAGAAAGUCAAGAAGCUCGUGGAUGCCUAUGAGCUUCGAUAUGAGGCCUUGACUCCUGGAGCUAGGGCGUUUUUUGACAAGGUAGCCGCAGAAGAUAUCCAGUCGCUGGACGGUACGGAACGAAAAAUUUGGGCCAACUCGCAAUUGGAGGAGUACAGAAAAUUGCCUGAAGUCGACAAGGCAUCAGUCGCUGAGAAUUUUCCGCUUAUACAUAAGAUAUUUGGUGACGAGGAAUUCAUGAUGAAGCUGAGGAGCCGUCUGGAGGGCUUCUUGAAAGCCAGGCUGAACCAGAGUAUGGCCAAGGGCGGCAAGGAGCUCGGAAUCGGCGGAGAUUUU